CCGGUAGCUCUCCAAGGGGUCUGCCUCAGCGCGUAAAAGUUGGGACGCACCGCGCAGCGUUUAUUAUCCCAGAGGCUCCCAUGUGCUUCACCGCGGUGGGACGUUUGACUCGGAUUUCUGAGAUUUUGACACCUCGUACACGUGUGGGUCGCCGACAGAUGAAAACAGAGAAGUUUUGGCUUAAGUUUCGGCGUUUUCCUUAAACCGGUCAUCUGUCCCGGGGCGCAAAGGGGACAUGGGUCAACUUUAUGGUGCGACACUGAUAACAUUUGGCGCUAUCUGUCUUGUUUUUCUAUGGGAAUCUGGUGCCAGCUCUAUCAGGACGACGUUUGGAGUGGACACCUCGGGGGAAGAUUGUCCAGAGAACAAGAUCUUGACAAUGGAGUAUCCCUGUGUCAGAGCUGGGGGGAAGAACAGCACGUGUUUCAGGAGGAAAUGCUGUGAAGGCUUCAGGUUUGUGAUGGGACAAUGCAUACCUGAAGGAGUGGAUGUGUGUGCCGGGUCACCCUGUGAGCAGCAGUGUACCGACAACUUUGGGCGGGUUGUCUGCACGUGUUAUCCUGGCUAUCGCUUUGACCGGGAGAGACACCGCAAUCACAAGUCUCCUUACUGCCUGGACAUCGAUGAGUGUGAGCAGUCAAGCAACAGUGUGUGUGACCAUGAGUGUGUGAACACAGUGGGCAGCUUCCUGUGUCGCUGUCACAGUGGCUACAUACUAGCACAAGACCAGCGCUCCUGCAUCACCACACACAACUUGAGUUCAUCGGGGAAGUCGGACACCCUGAUGAGCGCUGGCUCCUGCUCCUUCACGUGUCAGGAUUUUGUUAACAUGAGAAACAGUCUGUUGCAGCUUAAACUACGGCUAGGCAACACACAGUCACCUAACCAGGUGCCUGGCCUGGCCAACAGUAGUAAUAAGCCAUCACAGGGGAGGGUGGGGAAAGGUCCAGACAUUCAUAGUCUUCCUGGCCCACCCGGCCCUCCAGGAGCCCCUGGGGUCCCAGGACACCCAGGAGAGCCAGGAGAGAGAGGGGACCCAGGAGAAAGGGGUAUGCCUGGCCCUCACGGUCCACGGGGAGACAUGGGACCCAUGGGCCCAGAGCCUGACCUGAGGCAUAUCAAAAGAGGCCGCAGGGGGGCGGUGGGACCCCCUGGAGCACCAGGAAGAGAUGGCUUAAAGGGUGACAGAGGAGCCCCAGGUCCCAGAGGUCCACCUGGACCACCCGGCUCCUUCGACUUCCUUUUGCUCAUGAUGGCUGACAUCCGCAAUGACAUUAUCGAACUGCAGGAGAAGGUGUUCGGGGAGAGGCGGGGCAUCUCUCUGGACAGCCCACCCCACUCCAGUGGGGAAGCAGAUUUUGUGGACUGGGGUUCUGGACAAGGAGAUUAUAUGCUCAACACCUGACCUUUAAUUUCACGCUGAUCGCAAGUGACAUUCAAACCCAACCGGAUGUGAUCAGCUUGUUCAGAGCAAAGACUCUUUUAUCUUCCUCAGUUAAGGAAUGUUGUCAAAUGCUAAAAUGUUUACCAACUCUCACAGCUAGAAUGAGCAGAGUGAGGAGACUCGAUUGACUCUCGGCUGCUACAGACAGUAGCACAGAGAGAAAAAAGAAGAUAAAGAGGGAGAGCCUAUGAAAUUCUGAACUUCUAACCUAAGCACGUUUUCCCAUGCCGUGGGUCUGAGUGAGGGAUGUGAGGGAUGUGCGUGCAGAACAUGGGGUGGGGAUGAUGCAGCGUGUUGUGCUUGUAUGCCUGGGUCUCUGUGCUGUGCCUCUGAGCUCAACCACUUCAAACGACAGACUUUAUCGUCUUCAUCUCUUCCUGUUCCUGAGUCUGUCCAUGGAAGCUCUGCUCCUGCUGACAGUUUGCCUGCGGGGCCCUGGUCCAGACAAAAGACCCGGGAUCUGAGCUCUGAGCCUCCAGUGCACCUGUCUGCAGUGCACGGCUGCAAAGUUUGAGCUCUGCCGCCAGUCUGCACCCUGAGCCGUCCUCAGAGACUGAUUUAUGACUAUGGACCAUACGAUUACAUUAUAGGACAAACACAUUUCUCUAAAAAGUUCAGGAGCAAAAAGAAGAAUAUUUUCUUACUGACAUCUGAUAUAUUUUUGAAAUUGUGCAAAAAAAAAAAAAAAAACAACAAAAAAAAAACCAUACCAAAAUAUGAGUUUAGCAUUUUUCCACAUUAUAUGCACAUCCAAUUAUAAUCUAAGGAGGACACUCAUCUGUGAAAGAUACCACUUUUUUUUAUUUAACUUCUAAAUUGCCAGCCCAUGCUGUGGGGUUAGCAGACAGCUCUUUUACUGCUUAUUAUUUAAAGGGCAACUAAAACAGCUGAUUGCGUGCCCCUGUGCACAUGUAUGCAUGGACCAAGUGGUCUCAGUCUUGAUUAAGGAAAGAUGUGUAGACUGAAGGGCUUGCGAACAUCUGCUGGUCAGAAAUGAUACACAGUAUCGAAUCUCAAAAGACAAGGGUGUAGGCAAUCAAAACUUAAAAUAAAAAAGAGGAAAAUGGAUUUAUGCUACACAAAGGGCCAGCUGUUUGGUUCAGAGUAGCAAAGAAGGUGGCAGAGAUCCCACAUGAGCCAUUUACAGUGAUUUCUUUCUUUUUCCAUAUUCAAUCAGGUACUCUGACUGUGAACAUAUUCCUUCUUACAGCCUGGGGCAUCAGUUUUCUGUGGGAAUGGGAUGGUUACACACAUUGUUACACCUGGGAGCUGACCAGUGCUGGCCACUGGGCAGAUUGAAUCAGACAGGGUGGUCAAUGCUUUGCUCAAAGGAACUUUGAUGGUGGCUGAAGAAGGAGGUGAGAGUAUUGCUCAUUUCUUAACCUUCUGAGAUUUUUCAAGGCAGCCCAGGAAUUUGAAGCACUGUUGUUUGGUCACCAGCAGGCAGCAUGAACCUGUGAGGUUAAAGAAGUCUGUUUGUGACUGGAAGGUCUGUGGUUCAUCCUCAGAUGAGCUGGAAAGUUGUGAGCAGGGAAAGUGAAGUAUUUCCACGCUAUCCU